UUUUGAAGAGGACUCGUUUGCUGUAGGGGACCUCAAGUGGGUAAACCUGAGUGGUUGUGGAGUGUCUAGAGACAAAUUGAACCCAAAACAUUGGAAAAAAGAUACUGUGAUAACGGUGAGAUGGCCUGACAAAAAGGGCCAGUAUCAGCUCUACCCUGCGAAAAUUCUUAAAAUGUCAGCUGAUAAGCACAGUCUGAUCAAAUUAAGAGAUCAGCUUAUAAAGGGCUAUGAAAGCGAAGAGGACUGUGGUCGUGGAAAAAGGAAGAGAAAAGCUCUUUGCAUCUCUUCUGAUGAUGAAGAGCCUGCGGAGAAGGACAUAAUUAAGAAAAAGCCUGAAAAGAGGCCUAGUCUCUUAUCAAAUCUGCUGGAAAAGCGCAAGGAGCAGUUAAUUGGCAGUACAGCUGUACAGGAAUGCACAAAUUGCUGUGCCUUGAAAGAAAAAAUAAAGCAGCUGGAAGAAGACAACAGAAGAGUAGUUCUUCACUUGGACACCAUAAAUGAGUUGAAGAGCAUGGUGUGUGCGCUGAAAGGGGACUUAGAAGAAAGAAGUGCCCCUUCAAAGCAUCAAAAACCAGCCAUAUUUGCACAUCCACACUCAUCGCAAGACAACCAGGUGGAACCCCUUGAGGAUGAUGUGACCAUUGCUGAUGGCGUUACAGUUAACAAAAUACAGCUUAUGCGAUGCAACCAUCAGAGACCUUCAAAACUUGUGUGUGAUCUGCUUGGGGUGAUGUUCACAAUGGAGGAGCUGUCAACACAAUCCUUAACUGGAUUAAAGGGAGGUGCAUCAGAGAGUGUGAAACCUUCCUUGAAUAAGAAGCAUGUCAAUGCCAUUUUUGAUCUUACCAAAUUCUGGAUGAGGAGUAAAGGAAGGAUGUUGGAUACAAUUUCUGACUUUUCUAUAAAUCUAUUUUAAAAUACAUUGUUUUAUUAGUUAUCUUUUUAGUGCAUUAAAUGUUAUUACUUUGGACCCCAGUAAAAGAAAUUUGUUAAAUGUGUUCAAUCAGAUGGGAAAAGGUAAUAAUAAUACAACUGCCAAAUCUUUUACUGUAUGUCCUUAUAGGUUUAUUAGUCAAUCUGGGUUCAUUUUCUGCCUUUUGAUUUUAUUGCUUUGUAUCUGACAAAUUAUAUGAAUCAGAAAUCAUUAAAUAACGUGACAAGACUAAAAUACAGUAAGAAUACACUUCCAAAUAAAAAAAUAAAACAAAAAUUUUCUGGACCAAAAUUAAAAAAAAGUGUCAGUUAAGUUUUCAAUCACAUUUUCAUCUUCAAACUGUCUUUUCAACUUGUGGCUGCUUGUUCAAAUAUAAAUUCUAACUAUUGCCUUAAAAUAACAUUAAUGAAUAUAUAUGGUACAUAAUGAAUUGUUUUGUUUUUUAAAACCUUUUUUCCAGCCAACUAUACCCCCAUGAAAAAAAAAGGACCUGAAGAUGUGUUCUAGUUCAAAUGCAUUUGUGAUAAGUAAAUUUGUACAAAAAAAAAAUAUACUUUUGUCAAACUAGUUUUAGUUUUACUUCCCAAAUAAAAUAUGGAUGAACAUCUAUAUAUGAAGUAUUUGACUAUGAUCCCAUGUCACACUUGAUCUGCACUAAGCCAAAUCGCAAUGUUGAUAUGCUUUUCUUCGGAAGUCACGUUUAAUCUCGUCUCACUGAAAAUGUUACUACAUUCGACAGGUGUGGAAAAAUGGCUUGAGAAAAACGAGUUCUUGUGGUUGGAGAUUUCUUUGUUACCCACCAUUUUCUUCCGUGUGUAAUGCAUCUCACAUUCACAGAACUUUGUUUUGGAAGCAGACUCAGGAAAGGAAGAGGGAAGUUAACAGGAAGUUUAUUGAAAACAGUGAGCGGUACAGAAAAAAGCAGGUAAGUGAGAUGCACAAUGAUAAAUUGGAGAACUGGAUUCUGGAGGUGAAUGGAAUGUUUUCACUUACAGGUGAGAGGACUGAUGGAUGAUACGAUGGGUGACAAGACAGAUACAAUGGAGAAGGAACAAGGACAAAGCUGGGAGAUUGCUGGAUGAGCAGGAUGAAAUUACCAAGAAGCCUAUGAAGGAGUGAGGCGGCUCUCAAAUUUCAUCAAAAAUAUCUUAAUUUGUGUUCAGAAGAUGAACGAAAAUGACGGGGUUGUAACAACAUGAGCAAAAGAGAGAGUGUGAAACCAUCAGCUGUUUGCUGAUUUAUUUACUUCUGCUAAAAAAGACCUGUCCAGUGUAUACCAACAUGAAAAAAAAAAAGAAAUAAUUCUUGGACUGAAAGAAACUCCUGCGUCCAUUUGGGCUGAAGGUCAAGACAGAACCAAACCAAAGCUGGACUGUAACCUACUGGCCUAUAUGACAGACUUCAUACUGACAGCUACUGGCAUGGAUGCUGCAUCACAUGUUUUUGAACAAAAAAAUUUCCCUUUGAAUUUCAAGUGUGGAGUAUUCAUCCCCCAUGAGGAGACUCUAUGUCUUCAUCUCUUGUGAGUGGAUAUCAUUUUAAACAUUAUUUUACAGAACUGCUCAUUUCUUCUGAAUUUAUUUUGUAGUAUGUAAGAAUUUUCCAUUUAAAAGAAAAAUAAACUUUUAGUUGUGUUUUUAAGUAAUGAAGUAAUUCAUUGUUAAGUAAUGGUGUUGUAAUCAUGUUAAUAUACAGUAUAAAUUGCAAAUUUAUGCUUGGGCACGUGUUUACAGGUUAUAGACAUUUUAGAGGAGGUAGCUGUGUAUUUAAAGGUGCUCUUAGUCAUGUUUAUUUGUACAAUGUUAUUUUUGUAUAUAAAUCAUUAUUACAGUAGAACAAAUUGCUAUUUUUUAUUUGUAAAUGAGCAACUGAACCAUUGCACAGCACCACUUUAUCAGCAAUAAUUUUGUACAACUUUGUAGUUUAUUGUUUUAUGUCACACGUGAGAACAAAUGCAAGUUUAUAUUUUCUUUCAGAUUAUGUAAUUUCUGUAAUAAAGUCUGUAUCAUGGGAACUUCUUUCUGUUGUUAUUUUGUAGAUG